AUGAGGAUUUUUUCUCCUAAGCAUCAGAAGCUGGUAAAUCAAUGCUAUCCAUCGGGUAGGACCCCGGAUAAGAAACCUAAGUCAUCUGAGACUUCUUAUCUGCUAUACUAUGUCAGUUCUAGACGUAGUAAACUGGAAAAAGUGAGUACAUAUCUCGUUAAAAGGACCAAUGUUGACUUAAACCAUCGAAGGGUAGGCAAUGUUGCUGUUACAUUAGAAAUAAUGCAUGAUAUUGUAGAACAUUGCAAAGAGAAUUUAAACAUCUUUGUAAAAGAUUUUUUGAACAUUACAAUUAAGAUUUUGACCAAUAAUAACUUCAACAAUGAUUCAAGUAUUAUUGAAUUGGUUGAGCGGACCUUUGCCAGCAUUUGUCGUAAUGUGGAUGGUGCAAUGAGUGGUGGUGAUGCUGAAUUUAUUAAGUUGUACUCAUCUUUUGAAAAAUUAUAUUUCGAUGUGGCUAGAGAAAUCCUGGAUAACGAUGAUUUGUUACUCAAAGGUUGUAUCGACAUUUCAUAUACAACGGACCUAGCAAGUAAUCCACAAAUUAAUCAUUUCCUCCCCCGUUCAGUCAUAUAUGCUUUGGAAAAAUUCAUUGAAAGAAAUCCCCGUUACAGUGCCCUUGAUUUAGGUACACCAACAGAUCAAAAUAUUACAAAGAGCCUAAGCAAAGUGCAGACUAGGACUGCUGCCCUAGACGACAUUUAUAAUACAAAUGCAGAUUUAUCCGUCAAGACAUUACAAGCAUAUUUCACCACUACAGAGACCGAUAAAUUGACUUUGGCAAUAAAAGCACUGUUAGAUUUUCUACAACGUUCCCCUAACAAGGACCUAUUGCAGUUCAUUUGCAACGGUAUACCUGUCCAAUUAAGAUACAUCGUGGUAGUACUGUUAAUUAGACACUUGACAGAUCCAGGAACUAAGGCUGAUCCCAUAAUUAGUUUGCGAUUAAUCUCCAGUUUGCUCGUUUCAGAUGUUAGCAUUGUUGGUUUGAGUAUUAUGGAUAUGAUGAGGAAAAUUUUGAAAUAUCAACUAGAUAAUUUAGCCAAUGUUAACGUAGUAAAUCAAUGCCGUAAGACGAUUGCCGAUUUAAACAAUAAGAUCUACUACAGAGGUCAGACUGCAGAUAUGCUAUUUGAAUUAGAAUUAAAACUUCAAUCCACUAAAGAUGAAUCAGAAAGAGCUGUAUUAAUUGAAGAUGUCGAUGAAUUGCUCACACAUAUGGGUAAACCAUGUGUUGGAUUAGAAUUGUUCCUCAAUCUGGCACCUUUCAUGGACUCCAAUGGGAAACUGAAACUUUUCGAUGCGGUAGACGAUCGUUUCUCUGGAGGUAACCUAUUGUCGCAAUUAUUCGGAAUGAUUAACGGAAUGGAAAAUGCAGUAGAUCAAAAAGUUUUAAUGCAUCUGGUCUUUCAAAAGUAUAAAAGUUUGGCAUUACUUUCAGGUCUCAACUAUUUCACAGAAAAUGUAGAAGAGCCUACAAGAGCAUAUUAUCUUUACCAUUGGGAAGCUGCAACUUUUCUCAAGAUGAACAAUUAUAAAGCCCAAGUGGAUUUAAGAUGUAAAAAUCAAACACUUUUCAAUAAGGACGAAUUGAUUGGUUUCUAUUCCGAUGAAAAGAUUAACAAAUACUCUCAAAAAGGUACACAAAUUCUUGUCUCCAAUCCUCAUAAUUUGUCAACAUCAGAUCUAUUCUCUGAUUUGCACCCACAGCGUAUGAACAAUUUUGCUGAAGUGAAUGGUUAUAAUAGAGAUUCGAUGAAUGGUACUUUCUCCGGUAAUGACAGUACCAGAGCUUCCAUCACAAGAUCAUUAAACGGUAAUGGUCCUGCGGAUUUACUUUCUUGGAGAGGUAUAAAGAGUUCAGCACCAAAGGUAACCGAUUUAAAGAGAGCUAUUUCAUCCCCGAAGAAAAAUAUUGCUGCAAGGUCAAAUACAAUGCGUGGAUCUCAAUCCGUCAAGUCUAAGGUUACGAAUAUAACGUUUUUGCUGAAUGAGUUAAGGAAUAAUGACGAUGGAAAUACCAGCCACAUAAUGCAACCUGAUGAAGAUCGGCCUUCGGUGCUCGAUAGAAACGAUGUGGACACGUCUUCAUCUACAAGAGUUACACCACCUCCAACACGUCAAGAUUAUAGUGAAGCUAACCUAUCCAAUGUAGACCAAGAGAAAUUCCAAGACGCACAAGAGGAAGUUGAUUUAACUAAUUCUACAAAUGGAAUUGCUGCCUAG